AGAGAGGCGUUAACGACGACAGAAGAAUUCUUCGAUUUCUUCAUUUCGAAGAGUUGAUAGAAUUUUUAUCAACUGAUAAUGAAGAAUCGAUUUUCCGCGACGCCAUGGAUUCUCGGAUUAGCCAUCGCCGGCUUAAUUGCCGGUUCACUGAUGAUUUCUGGAUACAUAGGAUUUGUGGACAGUAACUUAUUCUGUUCCAUCUCCGGCAUCAGAGCACCGACAAUAACCGGAUAUUCAGCGGCGGAAAUCCAGCUUCAGUCGAUAAUCCACUACGCGACGUCGAAGAUUGUUCCGCAGCAAUCGUUUGACGAGAUCAGUAUCUCAUUCGACGUAUUGAAGACUCGAUGUCCCUGCAAUUUUCUGGUGUUCGGGCUGGGCCACGAUUCGUUGAUGUGGGCGUCGCUCAACCCUCUCGGAACCACAAUUUUUCUCGAGGAGGAUCCGAAAUGGGUUCAGACGGUUCUGAAAGACGCUCCGAUGCUUCGAGCCUAUCACGUCCAGUACCGGACGCAGCUUCAAGAAGCGGAUCGCCUGCUCUCCACGUAUAAAUCGGAGCCGUACUGCUCGCCUUCGAAGGCGUUUCUUAAGGGCAAUGAAAAGUGUAAGUUAGCGCUUCACAACCUUCCAGAAGAGAUUUAUGAGAAGGAAUGGGACCUGAUAAUGAUCGAUGCGCCGAGGGGCUAUUUUGCUGAGGCUCCUGGCCGGAUGGCUGCUAUAUUUUCCGCCGCUGUAAUGGCUAGAAAUCGGAAAGGAUCCGGCGUCACCGACGUGUUUCUGCACGAUAUUGACCGGAAAGUGGAAAGAACCUUCGCGCAGGAGUUUUUGUGCAAGAACAAGUAUUACGUCAAUGGAGUCGGAAGGUUAUGGCACUUUAAGAUUCCUCCGGCCGCUAACAUGAGCAGCGCCGACCGCAUUUCCGAUCGAUUUUGUUAGAUCAAGAGGGUUUAUUCGCCGGAGAUUUGUCAUUUCUGGAAUAUUUUUUUUUGUCUACAGAUAGUUAUCGGUCUACUGACCGGCGGUAAAUGAGUUGUAGGGAAUAUUUUCUCAAUAAAACCCGCCGGAGUCGGAUCUCAGCGGGCGAAUACACUGCUCACGAACAAUUCGGCCGUCUUCUUCGGCUGUGUUUUCGGACGAAGGAAAAGUAAAAGGUUUCAUUCAAUCAACUUUUAAUUGACUUUUUGUUUCUUUUUUCCUCUUUCUGUGUUCUCUUUUUCAUCCUGUCGCUCCCACUCAGAUGGUAUUGUUCAGUUAAAUUCCCAUUUUCGGGUCAUUACGUUUCUUUUAAGAACACAAUUAGCGUUUUUGUCUGCCAUAAUUAUGAUUUUGCUUUGAUUAGCGGGAGGA